AUGGCCGCCCUCCUCCCCCUCGACCUCUCCCAAAACCUCUCCCUCUUCACGGUUCCAUCUCCCCGUCCUCGCUCUCGCAAACCAAUCAACCCCCAAGCUAACAAGCCCCAGGUCCCCGCGGCAUUCGGCCUCGCCCUCAUCCCGCACCUCUACGCCGUAGGAUCAGCCGGCUUCACCAUCUACGACAAUUCCUACCCACGCGCCUACCGCGACACCCUGAUAAAAGACACGUCCAUUGACAAAGUCCGCAAGCAGCGCAUCCUCCGCGCAGAGGCGUGCUCCCUCAACGGCCUCGAGACCAUUGGCCUGUACGCCGCGUCCGUCAUUGUCGGCAACUACGCCCAGCUCGGUACUUCUACCCUAAACAGCCUGUCCAUCGGGUAUCUCGUGUCUCGGUGCGCCUACACCCUUUCCUACGUCUUCAUCCGGAACCGGAGACUGUCGUGGCUGAGGACGGCCAUCUGGCAGGUUACCGCUGCGUACAUUGUCAUGUUUUGGGUUAAGGCGGGAUAUAAGCUGCUAUAG